UGAAAGUGCAACACUCCAUGACAGACUGACACAUCAGGCACAAUAACAGGAAGCUCAAUCGGGAAUGAUUAUUGAGAAACCUAUUGUGGGGGUUUUAAUGAAUAAUGUGGCGGAUUAUGUUGUAAAUGCUUGGUUCCUUCAUGAGAGACCAACAGAGCUCAGAAGUGCAGUAAAACCAUGAGUAGGCCCCCAAGUCCUUCUCCGUCCAGAUGGUUCAAAUCUCUUAGAAGGACCAGACUAGGAGAACCAUGCUUGAAGACGUACCCUCUGCAAUGCGAGGAACUUCUUAAGAGAGCCCGAGGGUCCUUCCAAGCAGGGCGCAGCAUCACAGAGAGCUUCAGGCUUGCUCAGCUGGAGGCUGUGGUUCGGAUGCUGGAAGAACAUGAGUGUGACUUUGUGGAUGCUCUCGGAAGGGAUCUUCAUAAGCCACGUUUUGAGACUGUUGUGUCAGAGUUAGUUUUGGCUAAAAAUGAAGCUGUCCAUGCCAUCAACAACCUCAGGAAGUGGAUGCAGCCACAGCACGUUGAGAGAAACUUGUCCACUACACUGGAUGAGUGUGUGGUGGUAAACGAGCCCCUGGGGGUUGUGUUCAUCAUAGGGGCCUGGUGUAGUCCGGUCCAAAUGUGUCUGGUUCCACUGGUGGGGGCCAUUGCUGCAGGUAACUGUGCUAUCAUCAGUCCAUCUGAGCACACAACUAACACAGCAAAACUUCUCCAUCGUCUCAUCCCCUCCUACUUGGACAAUGAAUGCUUCCAUGUGAUUCUUGCAGGCACCAAUGACUUGGCUGACAUUGUGGAACUUAAAUUUGAUCAUGUCUUCUUUUCUGGAACCCGAGAAGAAGGAAUUCGAAUUGCUCAGGCUGCAGCUCAAUCUCUGACGCCUGUCACCCUUGUUCUGGGUGGGAAGAACCCAUGUUAUGUGGAUCAGCACUGUGACGUGGCCAUCGCAGCCCAGCGCAUUGCCUGGGCCCGCUUCCACAAUGCCGGGCAGAGCCUAGUGGCUCCCGACUACAUCCUGUGCCAUUCGGAUGUCAAAACCCGGCUGGUCCAGGCCUUGAAGUGCUGCUUGAUGAAGUUUUAUGGGUCUGAUCCCAGACAGUCCCGUAGCUUUGGCCGCAUGGUUAAUCUGGACAUUUUUAACCGGACUAGAGACUUGCUAUGGAGAUCUGGCAAGGUGGCUGUCGGCGGACAGGUGACGGAGGCAGAGAAAUAUAUUGCCCCAACAGUUUUGACAGAGGUGGUUGAGUCAGACCCCAUCAUGCAACAAGACGUUUUGGGGCCAGUUCUUCCUGUUCUUACAGUGAACAAUGUGGAUGAAGCGAUUUCCUUCAUCAACAAGCAAGAGAAACCCCUCUGUGUGUAUGUGUAUUCCAACAACAGCAAGGUGAUAUCCACGAUCAUGAGUGAAACUUCAAGUGGAAGCUUUUGUUCCAACGACUGCUCCCUGCAGAGUGUGAUGGUGGCUCUGCCGUUUGGAGGAGUUGGUGCCAGUGGAAUGGGUUCCUACCAUGGACGCUACACCUUCGAUACCUUGUCACACAAGAAAUCAUGCCUACUAAGAAGCACACGCUUUGAGUGUGUGACGUAUUUGCGUUACCCACCCUAUGAGGACCGCAAUCUGUCCCUCAUGACAUGGGCAAGCACUCUGUCCCAGAGGAGCCAAGGCUGGUGCCAGAUCCUGUGACUUAUGUAGACAGGGUCAAGCUGGAAGCCAAGGCAUAUUAUGACCUGCAUGUAUUGUAAUGUUAUAAAUUCUACUGACGUAAGACACUCAUGGAGAAACAGUUGCUAAUUUUUUAACACCAGUGUGUCAGCAGUAAAAACUAAACAAAUGGGUUGGACAAGCAUGUUGAUUUUGAAAAAUUAUCACUUCACACUAUAUAAAAAUGCAAACAUCGAGAUUUUGACCUCCAAAUGUUUUUAAUGCUAUACUUAAACUGUUAAAUAUACAGAUGAAUGUA